GGAAAGAUCUCGCGAUCGCUGUGAGGGAAGGCGAUCGUCGCCAGGUUUGUGAUUGGUGCGAUCCUCGCGUAGAAUGCAGCAGAUCGAAUGAGGGCGUUCAGGAAAUUCUCGUUUCGAACGCACUCUCAAGAGAAUGCGAGAGGAUUGGUCAAGGUCGAGGAGUGCAAAUGGAACGAGUUCUUUCAAAAUCCCUCGGCCUGGUGGGAUCAUAGAAAAAUCAAGAGCGAUCCCAAGGAGCCGGAUUUUGUUCACGCGAAAACGAAGGAUUGCCUGUGGAUCACGUCGUUCUUCAGUCCGCCAUGGCUUCCACAGGAGCUCAAAAUGAUCAGGCCUGCCACUUCGGACGCUCGUAAGAGCUUGAGAGCCAGGUACAAGAGUGACGAGGAGAUUGAGAGCUGCCAGAGCGUCGAAAAGAACACGCAAGAACAGGCCGACAGUGAGUAUGAUCCUGCGCGUAUCAGGCAACACCGCUACGCACUGAAAGGAUGUAGCAGUGUGGAUCAAGUCCAGAAAAUCCACCUCGAGCUUUCGAGAACCAGGGAAGCCAGGCACGUCGAAGUCGCGAAAACUCUCAUUGCGCUCUACUCCAAGUUUGGUGCAAUGGUGGAAGCUCGGAAGAUCUUCGAGAAGCUGGCCGAGCCGACUCAAGGAUCCUGGAACGCGAUGGUCCGAGGAUUUUCGGAUGUUGGGGAGAAAGAGCUCUCGCUCGAGUUCUUUGACCGGAUGAUCAAGGCAGGGGUGGUUCCAGACGCUCGGAUCUUCGUGCGAGCGUUCAAAGCUUGUGGAGACCUCGCGGCCAGAGAGGAAGGAAAGGUGGUCCAGGGCAAGGUGGUGAAAGAAUCCUCGCUCAAGAGAGCGAUCUCGCUCCACAAGCUUGCGGAGAAAUGCGGCCAGGAAUCCAACAUCUUCGUGGCCAACGCGGUGCUGGAUCUCUACGCAAAGUGCGGCAGCAUGGCGAUCGCUCGCAAAGUUUUCGAGAGGAUGGCCUUCCAGGAUCCGGUGUCGUGGAACUCGAUGAUCAUGGGAUACGUCCAGAACGGCGACAGCGACGUAGCUCUCGAGCUCUUCUCGCGGAUGCAAGACGAGGAGUUCACUCCAGACUCUCGGACCUUCCUCGCGGCGAUCACGGCUUGCAGCGCUCUCGCAGCGAGAGAGAGAUCGCCGGUAUCGUCCAAGGUCACGAAGAAACUCGCCACCAUUCUCGAGAGAGGCCAGAAGAUCCACGAACAGCUCCAGAAGACGAGGUUCCAGGGGGAUGUUUACGUCGCAAACGCGAUGAUCGACAUGUACGCUAAGUGUGGCAGCAUGGCCGAGGCCCGGAGCGUCUUCGACGGGAUCCACAGGAAAACUCUCGUGUCGUGGAACUCGAUCCUCACGGGCUACGCACUGAACGGAGAAGGCAGCGAGACAAUCAAGCUCUUCGAAGCCAUGAAGGACGAACCGCUCGAACCGAGCGCUAGAACUUACGUUGCUCUUCUGGGAGCUUGCUCGAGCCUGGCGGCCAGGGAAGAAGGGAAGAGGCAGCAGGGCAGGAUCGUCAAAGUGGCGGCGCUGGCCAAAGGAAGAGCUUUUCACGAGAUGAUCCGCGAGAGAGAACUUGGAGACAACGUCUUCGUCGCCAACGCGCUCGUCGACAUGUAUUCCAAGUGUGGGAGCUUGGAGGAGGCCAGGGAGGUGUUCGAUGGCUGCAGGAAGCGAGACGUGGCGAUAUGGAACGCGAUGAUCUCGGCGUGCGCGCAGCUGGGCGAUCCCCGGAUGGCGCUAGAUCUCUUCGCCCAGAUGGAGCAGCAGGGUGACAAUCAAAUGCGGCCUAGUGCGAGGAGCUACGCUGCUGCUCUCGCGGCAUGCUCCGCCGGUGCCUCGAUCGAGCAAGAAGGCAAGGAGCAAAUGGCCAAGAACAGGAAAGAGUUUCUCGAGCAAGGCAGGAUGAUCCACUCGCGGCUGCUCGCCAGAGGAGGAGGAUUCGAGCGAGACGCAGUGGUUUCCAGUUGCAUACUGGAGAUGUACGCCAAGUUUGGCGCCAUGAGCGACGCGAGGAAGAUCUUUGAGGGGAUUGGGGAACGCGAUUGCUGGCACUGGAGAUGGAUCGUGGCCGGGUACUCGAGAGCUGGAAAUCACUCCACUGCUCUCAAGCUCUUCCGGCGCAUGGAAGGCGAAGGGUUUGCUCCUGACGCGGAGACGUUGGUGGCGGCGCUGGAUGCGUGCCGCGGGCUUGAGGAUCUGGAGAGCGCGCGGAGAAUUCACGCCGAGAUUGUCAAGGCGGGGCUGGAGAAACACCAAACAGUCAAGGAGUUUUUCGCGAAGAACACGGGCUAUCUUCCUGGAAGAAGUGUUGACUCGCAUUGACUUGGUUGACUCAGUGUAGCUAUUAGGCUAACUUAAAUAAACAUUAAAAUCAAAAUUUUAUUCUUAUC